AUGGUCGGUAUCAGUCUCCCUGAAGGCGUGGAUCCCUCUUUUCUGGCUGCUCUACCUGAUGAUAUCCGCCGGGAAGUCCUACAGAACCAGCUGGGCAUCCGUCCACCAACUCGAAAUGCUCCCUCCACAAAUAGCUCAGCUCCUGCAGUGGUGGGGAAUCCUGGUGUGACUGAAGUGAGCCCUGAGUUCCUGGCUGCCUUGCCUCCAGCCAUUCAGGAGGAAGUGCUAGCACAGCAGCGAGCUGAGCAGCAGCGAAGGGAACUGGCCCAGAAUGCCAGCUCAGACACCCCUAUGGACCCUGUGACCUUCAUCCAGACUCUUCCCUCAGACCUACGCCGUAGUGUCCUAGAAGACAUGGAAGACAGUGUGUUAGCUGUGAUGCCACCUGACAUUGCAGCUGAGGCUCAAGCCCUGAGACGAGAACAAGAAGCCCGGCAGCGACAGAUCAUGCAUGAGCGUCUUUUUGGGCACAGCAGCACCUCGGCACUCUCUGCCAUUCUCCGAAGCCCGGCUUUCACCAGUCGUCUGAGUGGCAAUCGUGGGGUCCAGUAUACACGCCUUGCCGUGCAGAGGGGUGGCACCUUCCAGAUGGGGGGUAGCAGCAGUCACAAUAGGCCUUCUGGCAGUAAUGUGGACACUCUCCUCCGCCUCCGAGGACGACUCCUUCUGGACCAUGAAGCCCUGUCUUGUCUUUUGGUCCUCCUUUUCGUGGAUGAACCAAAGCUCAAUACUAGCCGUCUGCACCGAGUACUGAGAAAUCUCUGUUAUCACGCCCAAACCCGCCACUGGGUCAUUCGUAGCCUCCUGUCCAUCUUGCAACGCAGCAGUGAGAGUGAGUUAUGCAUUGAGACACCUAAGCUCUCUACAAGUGAGGAAAAGGGCAAGAAGUCAAGCAAGAGCUGUGGGUUAAGCAGCCAUGAGAACCGUCCCCUGGAUCUGCUCCACAAAAUGGAGUCUAAAAGUUCCAACCAGCUUUCCUGGCUCUCAGUAUCCAUGGAUGCUGCUUUAGGCUGUAGGACUAACAUAUUCCAAAUCCAACGUUCUGGAGGGCGCAAACAUACAGAGAAGCAUGCAAGCAGUGGCUCUACAGUCCACAUCCACCCACAGGCUGCUCCUGUUGUCUGCAGACAUGUUCUGGAUACACUCAUUCAGUUGGCCAAGGUGUUUCCCAGCCACUUCACACAGCAGCGGACCAAAGAAACAAACUGUGAGAGUGAUCGGGAGAGGGGUAGUAAGCAGGCCUGCAGCCCAUGCUCCUCACAAUCCAACAGCAGUGGCAUUUGCACAGACUUCUGGGACUUACUGGUAAAACUGGACAACAUGAAUGUUAGCCGGAAAGGCAAGAACUCCGUGAAGUCGGUGCCAGUGAAUGCUGGUGGAGAAGGGGAAACUUCCCCACACAGCCUUGAAGCCUCCCCACUGGGGCAGCUCAUGAACAUGUUGUCACAUCCAGUCAUCCGCCGAAGUUCUCUCUUAACUGAAAAACUCCUCAGACUCCUCUCUCUCAUCUCAAUUGCUCUCCCAGAAAACAAAGUAUCAGAAGCACAGGCUAACUCUGGCAACAGUGCUUCCUCCACCACUGCUGCCGCCUCAACCACAUCUACCACCACUACCACUGCUGCACCCACACCCACACCUACACCCCCUGCUGUAACCACCCCUGUUACUUCUGCUCCAGCUCUGGUUGCUGCUGCAGCUAUUUCUACCAUUGCUGUAGCUGCUUCUACCACAGUGACUACCCCCACAACUGCCACCACUACUGUUUCAACUUCCAAGAGCAGCAAAUCUCCAGCAAAGGUGGGUGAGGGUGGCAGCACCAGUAUGGACUUCAAAAUGGUAUCUUCUGGUCUCACUGAAAACCAACUACAGCUCUCUGUGGAGGUGUUGACAUCCCACUCUUGUUCUGAAGAAGGCCUGGAAGAUGCAGCCAAUGUAUUGCUGCAGCUCUCUCGGGGGGACUCUGGGACCCGGGACACAGUUCUUAAGCUGCUAUUGAAUGGAGCCCGCCAUCUGGGUUAUACCCUCUGUAAACAGAUAGGUACCCUACUGGCUGAGCUACGGGAAUACAAUCUGGAGCAGCAGCGGCGAGCCCAAUGUGAGACCCUCUCUCCUGAUGGCCUACCUGAGGAGCAGCCACAAAUCACCAAACUGAAGGGCAAAAUGCAGAGCAGGUUUGACAUGGCUGAGAAUGUGGUAAUUGUGGCAUCUCAGAAGCGACCCUUGGGUGGCCGAGAGCUUCAACUGCCUUCUAUGUCCAUGUUGACAUCCAAGACAUCUACCCAGAAGUUCUUCUUGAGGGUACUGCAGGUCAUCAUCCAGCUGCGGGACGACACACGCCGAGCUAACAAGAAAGCCAAGCAGACAGGCAGGCUAGGUUCCUCCGGUUUAGGCUCAGCUAGCAGCAUCCAGGCAGCUGUUCGGCAGCUGGAGGCUGAGGCUGAUGCCAUUAUACAAAUGGUACGUGAGGGUCAAAGGGCGCGGAGACAGCAACAAGCAGCAACGGUUAGCAUGAUGCCUGUGGCCCCCUCAUUCAUUUCUCUACCCUCCUUCCCUCGCCAUGUCAUCAGUGGGGUUGCAUUGCCCAUACCUUGUAUGCUUUUGCAUUAAGUUUGCUAAAUGAAUGCUUCUGGACAACAGGGCUAUGUUCUGUUGGUGUUUUCCUUACUGUUUAUUGAUUGGUUUACUGGUUUGUAUUGAAGUUUGGUUGGAUUUAAAGCUUGGCCAUCAUACCACAUUCUUAGCUAUCCAGCCAGUAGUGGUGCUUCUGCAAAUUGCCUAAUGUUCAGUGUCUUGUUGGUUCUGGAUGGAUGUGGGGUUAAAAAAAAAUUCACUGUCAUGGAACAAUACAAAUACAUCUCAAGAGUCCUACACUUAAAAGUUGCCCAAACUUGGUACACAUCCCAUGCAGCCACUUCUGUCUAUGACUGCUCCCUUGACCUUGGCCUCUCUGCCUCUUCUCCAUAGUCCCUUGACACGUAGAUAAUCAGGCCAUGUAGGAAGUAGCUUACAGAUAUUUAAGUAGCCACUAUAAUAUUGGGGUCCUGGCAUAGAGUGGGUACAAUAAAAGCUGUGACACUCUGUUGUCACCUUUUUGUUCUUGCAACAUACAAGUCACCUUCCCAAGAUCUUAAGAAAUAAAGGUAUUCUGAGGCUGGGUAAUUUAUGUAGAAUUCCUGUUAUACACAGCGUAUCAUUAGUUGUGUCAUACAUAGCCUAGAAUUUGGGGAAAGUGACUCCAGAGAGACAAAGAGCAAAAAUAGCUGUUGCUCUGAGGUAAUUUUUUUAUCUGCCUGGUCUCUUUCCUGUCCAGUUGGUAAGACAGAUAACUUUUUU